GCAGUUCUUCUAUGGUUCCUGCUAACAGUCUCACUUCCUCUGUUAAAGAUGGCGGUCCACGGCCCUGUAGUGAAAAUCCACCCGGUGGUUCUCGCUUCAAUCGCUGACUCGUACGAGCGCAGGAAUGAGGGAGCAAGCCGUGUGAUCGGCACAUUAUUAGGAACGAUAGAUAAACACUCUGUAGAGGUCACCAACUGUUUCUCUGUUCCGCACAAUGAAUCUGAAGAUGAGGUGGCAGUGGACAUGGAGUUUGCGAAGAACAUGUAUGAGCUUCAUAAGAAGGUUUCUCCCAGUGAAGUCAUCAUCGGCUGGUACGCCACAGGAUAUGACAUCACAGAGCAUUCUGUAUUAAUUCAUGAGUAUUAUAGUCGGGAGGCUCAGAACCCCAUCCACCUGACAGUGGACACGGCGCUGCAGAGCAAUAAAAUGAACAUCCGGGCCUACGUCAGUGCACAGAUGGGAGUUCCGGGGAAAACUCUCGGCGUGAUGUUCACACCCUUAACAGUGAAGUACGUUUACUACGACACAGAGCGCAUUGGAGUUGAUCUCCUGCAAAGGACUCGUGCGUCUCCCAGUCGCACCAACGGUCUGACCUCAGACUUGUCGCAGGUGGCUAGUUCAGCUGGACGCAUACAGGAAAUGCUCACCAUAGUCCUGGCGUACAUUGAGGAUGUGCUGUCUGGAAAAGUGAUGGCAGAUAACAGUGUUGGCCGUUAUUUAAUGGAUCUGGUCAACAAAGUACCCAAGAUCUCAGCAGAGGACUUUGAGAGCAUGCUCAACUCCAACAUUAAUGACCUCCUGAUGGUCACAUACCUGGCAAAUCUCACUCAAGCCCAGAUUGCUCUUAAUGAGAAACUUGUUGUUCUGUAAUUGAAAAAUAAAGACAUGUUUAUCAUUC